GGAUGACCGAGUUCGGGUUAGUCAAACACGAACUCCAGGCCAUACACAAACCACUUAACCUUCAAUUCACACCUAGCUUAUAAAAACAUGGUGCCCGGCUGAAAAGGAGUACCAAUUGUAAGUCACCCCUUACCAAUUACAAUUAUGGCAACCUUCUCUGCAAAGAAUUUCGCAGCCGCGAACUACAACCUCUUCCGUCCCACCUACUCCACCAGCUUCUAUGAGCAUCUCAUGAAGUACCACAACGGGCCGACAUCGUUGGUCGUUGAUGUGGGUUGUGGCCCCGGUACUGCUGCGAGAGCGCUCCUUCCAUUCUUUGACAAGGUUUCGGGUCACGACGCCUCUGCCGCCAUGAUUGCCACGGCUAACAGUAAGGCCGCGGAAAAUCUUCCGCCGCAAGACUUUGAGCGAGUGUCUUUCCAUGUUUCCAGCUCGGAAGAUAUGGGUGAUGUGGAGAGUGGUACUGCCGAUAUGGUGACCGUGGCCCAAGCCAUCCACUGGUUUAACCAUAAGUUGUUCUUCCAGGAGGUGCUCAGGGUUUUGAAGCCAGGAGGAACAUUGGCUUACUGGUAUUAUGUCGACCCGGUGUUUCCAAAGUAUCCUGCCUUGAACAAGAUUGCGGAUAACUUCAUCUAUGACGAUCCAAGAUACUUGGGCUCGUACUGGGAACAACCGGGGAGAAAUUUGUUGCGUGGCUUUUUGAAGGAUGUUGCGGUGCCCGAGCACUCCUUCACCCAAGUUAAAAAGUUUGAAUUCCAUGCUGAACAGUUUGAGGAGGGUGGCCCGGAGAAGGAGCCUCCGUUGUACAUCCACCAGAAGGUCACGUUGAACGACUACAAGGCGUACUGUCUCACCUCCAGUGCGUAUCAUGCGUAUAAACUGGCUCAUCCAGAUGAACAGAUUGAUGUCCUCGACUUGAUGGUUGAGGAGAUGAACAAGGAAAUGGGAUGGACGGCAAAGGACAACGAGUCGAAGAUCUUGGACAUGGUUUUCAACACCGGAUAUGUUUUUGCCAAGAAGGCGUAGUCCAAGCACUGGCGUCUAGUUUCCAAAGCCUUUUAAUUUAUUACAUAAAGUAUUAACCUAAC